AUGAAUGCGUUUGUGGUGAUUCUCCUUGCGCUUGGCGCAGUUUCUUCAAUGCCCAUAGCUUUCGAAAAGGGAAAGCGUUACACUUACAACUACCAAACUGAUGUAUACCAUGCCAUACCCGGCGGAUCAACGAAGACCCUCGGACUCAGAGCGAGGUGUCAGGCUCAUGUGGAUGUGCUGAAGAAAACCGAGCUUCAACUAACCUUGGCAAACAUUCAAGUUGCAGAAGUGGAAGGAAACCUUCAGGGCCCAAAACAACAACACGAGACAGCAGCUGACCCCAAGAUCGUGAAAAAAAUGCAAGAUUUCCUCGCCCUACCCGUGAGACUUGCAUUUAAGUCACAAGAUGGCAGUAUCAAACAAGUCUAUGCCGAUCCUCAGGACCAGGAAUGGUCGCUGAACAUUAAACGUGGGCUCGCAAACCUUUUCCAGGUGUCACCGCGACAACAACGUAAAUCACAACAAGAGAAAAAUGGCAAACGAUUUGUUACUCAACUUGAGACCACUGCAGUCGGUUAUUGCCAGGUCUCUUACGUAAUUCAAUGUGAAAAUUGCCAAGCGGGACAGAAGGAGCAAGUAACAAAGGUUACCAAAGUCAUCAACUACAAUAAAUGCCGACACCGACCGGAAUUUAGUCAGAGUAAUUUUUAUGGAAGACAAUGCGACGGAUGCCGACGGAGCUUGGGUAAUGUGCCAUACCACCAGUCAGCUGGUCAGAUCGAACUUAUCCUGAGUGGAAAUGAGAAAGACGGUUACACCAUCAAAAGAGCUGAAGCUAUAGAGCAACAUGUAGUCACACCAUUCAGUCAAGCCGGAGGACAGCUGACUGCCUCAGCAAGACAACGUUUGGGGUUAAAUAAAAUAUCUGACGCUGGACAGGCAUCUGAAAAACUUACCAGGACUAUAAGCCAUCGAUUUGCUGUUGAGAAUCCCGAGCGACGAGCCCGCGGGAACGCUAAAUGUCAGCAGGAAACUGCUAGACAGGCGAAAAAUGCUGCCGACGAAAUGUGCAAAGCCAUCAAACAGAGGGACGGAGCAGCUGAGAUGUUUGCUAACUUGGUACAGCAGCUGAAAAAGUGCAACCAAGACACAGCCGAGAAACUUGCUGAUAACAUGUUAGCCCGGCAAGACGCAUCUGAGAGAAAAUAUUGCAUUGAUGCUCUCUCCUCUGUGGGAACCCGUGAGGCUUUUCAAGUUCUAAAGAAAAAGAUCCAAGAGAAGAAAAUCAAUAAGGCAGAAGAACUCAAACAAGUGUUCUUGGGAAUGUCAUCUGCUCCACGACCCUCCGCUGACCACAUCAGAGUUACCUGGGAACUGUGCGAGCACGCUGAAGUUAAAAAGGAUAUGUCAGCUCGUCGUCAGUGCAUGCUCACAUUCGGGGCCUUGCUACGUAAGAUACGUCAAAGACCCAGUCUCCAACAGGACACCAAAACUAAGGCUGCUUGUGAGGAGUAUACAAAGAAGAUACUAGAUCGUCUUGCUGGUAAAACGACCGAACAAGAGAAAGUAAUGUAUAUCAAAGCUAUUGGAAACUCAGCGAGCCUUCAAGCACAACCAGCCCUGCAAAAGAUUCUUAAGGACCGUGAUGAGCCCCUCUACAUCAGGGUGGAAUGUGUUUGGGCUCAUAGGCACAUCAUCCGUCAGGCCAGGCAAACUGCUACUCCAUCGCUGAUUUCUACCUUUGCUGAUGCGAGAGAAAGCCCUGAACUGCGCAUGGCCGCUUUCAUUUUGAUGCUGAACUCAGGACCUAACUUUGCAACGCUGCAGGCUCUCGCCAAUAUCGUGAAAAGGGAGAUCACUAAUGCUGCCCCAUGCCCUCGCAGCAACCAAGUAGCAUCAUUUGUUAGAGCUCAUCUAGCAGCUUUGGCCUAUCAGAACAAUGUCUUGACAAAGCGAAGGUGUAUGCAGGCUCGCUUGGCUCUACGUCUCAUGCCAAAGAUGCGUUUUGGUCUUGAAUACUCUAAAGGAAUUCGAUGGGCACAAUAUUCAGAGAAAUUCCAAGCAGGAUUCGAGUUGGAGGCAAACAAAAUGAAUGUUCCUGACAGCAUGCUGCCACGAAACCUCAACACACAGAUCCGACUACACGUGUUAGGAUACCAAAUUAGUGCGUUAGAGUUUGGCGCUCGAAUCGAAAACAUGGACGGCGUUAUUGAGCAGGUAAUUUCCGAAGUUCGAAAACGUCACAAACGAUCUCUGUGGGGAAGAAUCAGCUCCUUGUUCGAAAAUGAGAGCUCGGAAGAUGAUAAUUCAGGGGAAGACAGUUCUGAAUAUGGAUUAUCAGGAGACAUGAUAUCAGAAGACAACUCAACAAUAAUUCGUCCUGCUACUCGUCCUAGUUCACAGCCAACAAAAACUCCCAGUCACGACCAAAAGAAUCGUCAACAAGUCUCAGUUUUCAUGAAGUUGUUUGGAGACGAGGUGAAGUACAUGGAAAUCAGGCAAGAAGAUAUCAAACAGUUUUCACAAGAUGUCGCAGACCUUUUGCUGGGAAAGAAAGAUCGAAUUGAAUACGCUGACAAAACAAUCGUGGUCACAUCGAAAGGAAUUGAAAUGAAGCAAUCUCUUGAAAAAGCCUUCCUAGCCAACAGUGCGCGCCGUGUGGUGCCAACAUUAGCAGGAAUCUCACUUGACUUCCAACACCGAACUGCAGCGGUCGCCAAGGUUACCGUUGCCGCCAACAUUAACGUUGAGCCAUCCAUCGGCCGUUUACCACAGCUCCAGGCAUUUACUGCUACCACAGAGAUAAAACCAAUCAUUGACGCCCAUGAACAAGCACAAGUCGGUAUCCACACUCCUUUCCUGCGCAUGGGAGUGCGAAUGAAAGCUGCUGCGCAUUCUGACACAGAACAUAAGGCUAAUGCUAAUUAUGCAGCCGGUCAAGGGUACUCAAUGACUUACCACGUGCCUCAGGAACAACGUGACAUCUUGAAUAUACAGUCAGAUGCAUAUGGAUUUGUGGCGAAAAAACAUCCAGAGAGCUGUCGGAAAGAGGAGAAGCAAUUUCGUUUUGAUUUUAAGACGCCACAUCUUAAACAGGUUCAGAAGACUUGCAAAGGACAAGAUUUGUUUGGAGUUCAGAUUUGCGCUGAAGGGCGAGUCCCAGAUCUUCCCUCUUUGAGGCUUCAACAAGUUCCAGUCCUCCCAACAGCUGCGCUGACUCAGCUUCGCGUUUCCAUGGCACCAGCCGUAGACAAACCAACCGCUGUACAGUUCACGGGUCUGGUCACCCCAAAAAGUGAAAAAGCAUGGCGAGUUGAAGGUUUCAUCGAUGCUUCCUCGAAAACCGCCCGUCGUCGAAUCCCUUACAGGAUGACCCUCGACAAAGCAACAUACCAGAUGAUGAUCCAUGUAGGAAAUAUCCAGGCCAAAGGAUAUGAAGAUGGAAUGGCAAAAAUUACCGUAGGUCGCAGGGAAAUGAAACUAGAAUUUGGAAGACAAAAACUUCGAUAUCAGGUUUCCGCAUCUUGGCAGGUUCAAGAUCAAGGAAAAACUGCGCGCCUGAUGCUGCAGUGGACAGAAGUUCCACAGCAGUGGAAGACCUUCUUCUACAACUGGGAGCCACAGUUAUGGUAUUUCCUUCAACAGUUUGCUUGGGUCAGGCGUCCAGAACAAUCCAAAAACCAAGUAGAAGUUGAAUUUUUUCUUACUUCGCCCAUGACUGCUUCGCUGAGGAUGAGAACUCCAGACGCUACUGCUGAGAGAACUGGCCUUAGCCUACCAGUGAGAGUGGAUCGUUUCCCAUCCUCUUUACAAGAAAUCAAGAACUACUUCUAUGCCAAGUGUGAGGUCCAAAAAGACAGCAUUAGAGUGUUUGACCAACUUCAGUACAAGUACAACAUCAAGGGCGGUUGUCCUUAUACUCUUGCUAAGGAACAUAGGAAAGACAAGCAACCUAGAAUUCAGGUCUCUGUGAAAAUUGACGAACAAGGUCAAAAGACCCUGAUAGCAAUUAUCCGCCAGUCAUCUCAACAACAAGACCAGGAAUCAGUUGUAGUUAAACCAGACGGCACCACUAUGAUUGACGGCCAGAAACUCGAUUGUUCUCAGAAGGCAUGUAAAUCAAAACUGGGUGGGGCUUCUGUCCGUAAGACACAGAGGGCCGAUGGAAAGACUCAGGUUGAGCUGUUGACAAAGUUGGGUCUACACGCUACCAUGGAUCAAGAUCAGCAGAUCCGCCUGUACGCCUCGCCUUUUCUGCGCAGCCGUGUUCGUGGUUUGUGCGGUGACGCUGAUGGUGAACAAUGGAAUGAGUACAGAGACCCCAAGGAAAAAGUGCAGCAGCUUGACCAGUUCAUCAAGUCCUGGCAAGAAAAGUGCUGAAGAGACACUGAAGAACCAAAACCUAAAGACUCAGACCAACCUGAACGGAAACGGCUUCGCUUUUUUAAUAAUUUAAUUUCUUCAAUUUUUUUUUCGCUUAGUUGUAGUUUUAGAUUUUAAAUUUGUUUCAUCAGGACUACAAACAGAACGUUAGGAAAAAAGGUUCUUUCUUUUUCAUUAACUUCGUUUUUGGGAUUCUAUGUUUCGGUGAUGGGUUAUUUUAAAUAAAUUUAAA